ACAUCGCAGUCGGACAAUCACAUUGUUACCCAAGCUUGUACAGAUAACGGUCUUGUGCAGGCGGUCUUUUGAAUAGUCAGGUCCAGGAUUUCAAGGGAGGAUUUGGGAAUAGAACAACAUAACCAUGGGUGAGUCCAAGCGCACCCUUGUGACCAUCUACAUCUUCAAAGGACUCGGAUUCCUGUACACGGUCGUGACAUAUCCUUUCCUGGCGUACUUUGGCUACAGGAACCUUAGGGAAUCGAGUAAAAUCAAGGCCAGGCCAACAGGCGAUUCAUCAGACACGCCAUACAGAUGUGUCCAGUCGUUCGACAAACUUACCACGACACUAUGGGACGAGUGCAAGACAGUGGAUGACCUGUUUACGCGGGCGGUGCGGCUCUUCAACGAUCAGCCGUGCCUCGGAUUCAGGGAAUGUUUGAGUGAGGAAGAUGAGAAACAGCCAAAUGGAAAGGUCUUCAAGAAGGUGAUCAUGGCGAAUGAGUACCAGUGGCUGACCUACGCCGAAGUCAAUACUCGUGUGACCAACUUGGGUAGUGGCCUGAUGGCCCUGGGUCUCAGCCCCAGGAGCCGGGUGGUCUUGUUUGCUGAGACCAGAGCAGAGUGGAUGAUUGCUGUGCAGGCCUGUUACAGAUACAACUUCACAGUUGUGACGCUUUACUCGACGCUGGGCGACGAGGCAGUCAUUCACGGAAUCAACGAGACUGAGGUCACGCACGUCAUCACAAGUAACGACUUACUGCCCAAGUUCAAGAGUUUACUCAGCCACAUGCCCAAGGUGAAGCACAUCAUUUACAUGGAGGAAGGCAAGAAGCCCGAUACGGACGGAUAUAAAGCUGAGAUACAUUCCAUGCGAGCUGUGGAGCAGCUCGGACAGAAACCAGACAAUUUAUUGUCGCCAGUUACCAAGCCCACCAGAGAUGACAUCGUGAUCAUCAUGUACACCAGCGGCUCGACUGGUCUGCCAAAGGGUGUGCUGAUAACCCAUGGCAACAUGAUGUGCGGCAUGUCCGGGCAGUGUGAGAGAAUACCUGGAUUAUGCCCUAACGACAUCUAUAUCGGCUACCUUCCCCUGGCCCAUGUGCUAGAGUUGACCGCUGAGACCUCCUGCAUCGGCCACGGAACACGCGUGGGCUACUCUUCCCCGCAGACGCUGUCCGACCAGUCGAGUAAGAUCAAGAAGGGGAGCAAGGGAGACUCGACCAUCUUGAAGCCAACAUUGAUGGCUGCGGUGCCACUUAUUAUGGAUCGUCUUUACAAGACGGUGUGGGACAAAGUGACGGAAGGUGGUCGCUACCAGAGGGCGCUGUUCAAGUUUGCGUACGACUACAAGUUGAAGUCUAUCAAUCGAGGACUGGAUACGCCCAUUCUCAACAAGAUGGUCUUCAAGAAGGUACGCGCCAUCCUCGGCGGCCGAGUUCGUCUCAUGUUGAGUGGAGGCGCGCCACUGUCUGCCGAUACCCAGAGGUUCAUGAACAUAUGCUUCUGCUGCCCUGUCCUUCAGGGCUACGGACUGACAGAGACGGUCGGCGCUGGGACUGUUGCGCUGGCGUGUGACUAUAGCUGCGGCCGUGUGGGUCCUCCUCUCACUUGCAACGAAAUCAAGUUCCGUGAUUGGGAAGAGGGUGGCUACAGGACGUCAGACACCCCAAACCCCCGUGGCGAGAUCCUGCUUGGCGGUGGUAACAUCACCAUGGGAUACUUCAAGAAUAAGGCGAAGACCGACGAGGACUUUUUCGUGGAGAACGGCCAGCGCUGGUUUUGCUCUGGUGAUAUCGGUGAAUUUGUGGAAGACGGUUCACUCAAAAUUAUUGACCGCAAGAAAGAUCUCGUUAAGCUCCAGGCAGGCGAAUACGUGAGUCUGGCAAAGGUGGAGACUGUUCUCACCACGAUAUCCAUGAUCGACUCCGCGUGUGUCUACGCAGACAGCCUCAAGAUGUUUACGGUGUGUCUGAUAGUACCUAAUACCAAGCACAUCAAACAGCUUGCCAAGACCCUGGGCUUGGAAGAGUCGACCCAGUUUGAAGCGCUCUGCACCGAUAAGAAAAUUGAGGAGCAUAUUUUUAAGAUCGUCGCGGACGUUUGUAAGAAAGCCAAACUCCAGUCGUUUGAAAUUCCAAAGAAGAUACACCUGUGUGCUGAAAUGUGGACACCGGACAGCGGGCUCGUUACAGAUGCUUUCAAACUCAAGCGCAAGGUUAUACAACAGAGGUACCAGUCGGAAAUUAAUCGAAUGUACAUGACCAAGGGUUGAGCUGACCUCUGAUCUCAAUUAGGAUGAAAUGACCCAAUCGCGUUGCCCCAUUCUGAAAGCUCUGUUCAUCAUUACCAUCAGUGUUUGAACUUUUGUGCGUUUUGUGGUGUUUUGUCAAAGCUCUUACUCAUCAGAGUACUUGUAUUGUUGACCACAGGCAAACUGAAGGAGAAAAUGAAAAAUGCAAACGAGAGGUUUCUGUAUAUGAUAAGGUAUCGGGGUACAAUUAUAGGCCAAGUAGAAUUAUAGCUCCUGCAGUGUAGAAUAGAGCUGAAAGUACACUUUAUUACACACACAGAGGCUAAAAAAAUAUUGUACCACUCUACCUUACCUGUUGUUGCUCAGAGUAAUGUUAGGAUGAAGUGACCAUAUUGUGUUGAAAAGUGCCGGCAGUACACACGAGUACACACAGAGGCGAUAAUUGUACUACCUUACCUUAUAUGUUGUUUUAAACAUCAAGUACCAGGAGUGGAAGCUGAUCACAGCAGCUCCAACUUAUUCUUUGGCGGAGCCCCAACUUAUUUUUGACUCCGUCACCCAAAAAUACUGUGUGUAAAAUUUCCUAUUAAUUGAUCUUAAAGUGUGAUACCGCAGCUUUGACCAGGAUUCCUUAUUGAAUAUUCCACUUAUUCAGGACUCUUAAUUAGUUACUAAUCAUUCCAAGUUAUGUUUGUUCCGUCAUUAUUUAGUCAGUGUCAUUCAUGUCCUUUGGUGAUAAAUCUUUCGGCAACCCAAAUGCCAUAUAAACUUGGUCUUCAACGAGCCAUGGUUUUGCAACACAGCCUUUAUACCAGGUGGCAGCCGUCAGUUAUGUCAAGAACUGCCACCCUGCAGGCCACAUCACUCGCAUAGCUUAGUUAGUCGGUUGGGCCUAUUGCCUCCCUGCAGUGCAUUGUGCAUAUAGUUUGCACAAAAUAUGAUAAAAUGAGAAGUUUAAGGUAUUCAAUGAAAUGAUUAGUAAACAGUUUUGGUAUCAAAUAUGCACAAAAGCCUUCGAUGAGACAAAACUACGUCAUUUGAACGUUUCAAAAAGUAAUAUCAGCGGUGUAGGAAUACGAUUUAAAGCAUGGUGAUCCUCUGUACAGGAUAGGUUAAAACUGACAAAAUUGAAACCCCUGCUAUGGAGAGUGCUAGAUUAUGUUCAUCAUCAACCUCGUUCCCUAGAUACAGGUAUCCCUGGAAUGAGGUGAUCAUGUAAAUUUGUAAAGUUCAUGACAGGUUUACUCAAGUUAAAAUUUUACAAAUUUAUGGUAAAACUUAGUCAUAUUUGAUGUAAGCUACAUAAUGUACUUUAAAUUUAUUAUAAUUUAUUCAUUAAUGGAUGUGUUAUAGCAUGACAUUUAAACCGAACAACACCGUCUGUGUAUCACCUGAAAAUUUAUGCCACAAGGAAACUGCCUUUUGUUGCUUCGCUGAACACUUCUACAAGCUUCAUUACGUAAAAUGUAUUAUAACUUGUAAUUUCAGGGCCGGUUUUUCAAAAGCACAUAAGUAAUGUUAUCCCUAAUGGCUGCAUCAAGUAUCAUUAAGGACGUUAUCUUUUUCAGUUAAACCCAUUGAAAUUUUCACGUUAAGACUUCAGGCCUCAGUUAAAGCAGACGUGUUUUUGAAGAACCCAGUCCUGGCAGUUAGCUCAUUCAUUAGAUUUUUCGUCGUCGUUGUACAACCCAGACUCAACUGUAUUUAUUUGUGUACAUUGUAUUUUAUACUCUACACACCUAUGUUAUCUCAAAUUAUACCUUUGUAGUCAUACUGUUUACGUUUAUUGACAUUUUUUUUCCUCAAACUUUUUCUCGCAUAUCAAACACAUUAAUACUAGUCAGAAAAAUCUGGCAGCUCUUUAAUGGUUUAUUAGAAAAUGACAGUUUGCUGGUAUUUGUUAUGUGGUAAAUGUCUGCAAGAUCACCUUAAAGUGAUUUUCAUACAAGCAAAACAAUGCCCUUACUGCACCUAAGGGUGUCAAAGCAGUUAAUGAUUCAUCAGGUCAGACACAAGUUUCUGAAUGGCGCCCUAUUGCAGGCCCUAUUGUCCACAUAUUCAUCAGGCCGAGUCUAGCUGACUGAACUGCGCUUAUAAACAGGAAAUGUGAAGGUUUAUUGAAACCUUGGUUGUGCGAAAUUCCCUUUAAAGGGGGACUAUAGGCAGGAGCAGAGAGGCUAAUUAAGCCAUCGUCGGGUGACUAAUAUACACAGAAAGGGCCCUGGGUCAUGUCAGACUCAGCACUAAAUAUAUUCCUCGUACGAGAAUGAAUCAUUUCGACGUACCGUGAGAUGUGAGAGACCCCUAUUAGCGACUUUAUGUAACUUUAUCUUGCCUGCCUAGCUGCUGCCUAUAUUGUCUCUUUAAGCAGUGAUGGACCUGGAUAACGUCUGCAAACUGUGUUAACUUAAAGAAGAACCCACCAGAUACCAAUAUCUAACAUGACAUUGUACUUUUUGAGGCACUUUGUAAUUAGUUCACUUGACUCGAUCUUGGCAACUCUCUUGGGCAUUCCUAUUGCCGUAAUUGCCGUUAUUUAUUAUCACUGUACUCGGAGGCAUUAUUUCAUGAGCUGUAAAAAAUGCUUAUUAAAACCAUUUAGACUUGACGUACCCAUUCUUUUGGGUAAAUUGAAAGAUGCUGCAUAGGACAUGGUUUAUUCCCUUGUUUUUAUGGGAUGUUGGUCUUCAAGGGCACUUGAUUAAAUAAACAUAUUAAUUUAGAGACUUAUUUUGGCUGGGGGACCAAUAAUGAAUUUGUGGUGCCAGCAUUUUACAUAUAAAUGAUGGUUUCCUGACGACAUGAUUAUGAAUGUAGAAUUCAUUUAAUUGACAGUGAAGGGUCAUUUUGAUAAGGGAGCAUAUCAGAAUCAUUUUGAAGCCAAAAAUACGAAUGUUUUUUCGGCUUCAAAAUAAUUUUUACAUGCUCUUUAGAUGUGUAUUGUAUUUGACCAAUGCAAUGUUCAUGUGUAGUAUUAUUUUAACUAUCUUAGGUCUUCAAUGAAAAUUCUCAAAUCAUCUGAAUGUGUUCAUCUAUCAUUAUGUGCAUUGUAACAUAAUUAAUUAAUUAGAAAAUUAAUUGAUAAGAAUUAAUUAUCAUGAGUAUCAUUGCUGUGUUUUGAAAUGAAAAUACUCUUCGUAGAGCUGCUUUCAAUAGGUGCAAUUGAAGCUUCUGAUUUGGUGCAAUAGUGACUGAAAUUUGAAGAUACAUUGUAACUAAUUUACAGGUAUUCAUUUUAUGUACAAAUUCUGCUUGGUCAUCUGAGAAAAAUAUCAAAUAUCUAUAUUAAAAAAUGCGCCAUUUUUGCAAGUAAAUAUUGGGAGUACGCAAUAAAUAGAAUUAGUUUCUGUAGGUACAGAUUUUGAGGCAAAAAGCUGCUUUUGGAGUAAUCUUCCAAGAUUCAAAAUUUCUAAGAAGAUAUGCAGCACUUCCCUAAAGUAAGAUUUUGCCCCAAAAUUCAUACAUACACAAGCUUUAAAGUGAUACUAUGAUGUGAUUUACAACUUUGCGGAAAUACAUCCGUUUUUAAUUGUUGAUCACAAAUGUAAAGCUCAAAUUUUCCAUUUUUGAUUAGAUUUAUUAUAAAAUCGCUGAAUGUAAACCACCGCGACCGCGAAAAUGUUCAUUUUGUGACGUCAUCAACAAAAACGUCGUCGGCGUAGCGAAAUUUCAACGGCAUCGAAGCGAGCCGUCCAGGCGGGAUUAAACCAUCAAUUUCUAGAAAAUGUGCAUGUCGAUUCGAAAACCUUACCGAUUUUUGAGAAAGUGACGUAGUCAUUUGUCAAAAACAGCUAAAACAUUAUAUGGUGAAAUUUGACACGAGUUACCCUUUAAUCAAUUUAUGGUGUACUCUCAAUAUUUUCUUGCCAAAAUAAUCAAGCACUUUCAAGAUAUUUGCAAUUUUCCUUGGACGAUUCAGCAGAAUUUGUUCAAAAUCUGGAUGCCAAUGAUGACUCUUAAAUUGGGUAAAGCAUGACUGCCUCCCACCUUGAUCAGAAUUAUACCUCAUUAUGAAAGAAUUAUUGGAUUGAUCUUUCUUAUUUCAUGCUUCUAAUCCUUAUGGUAAACUGUCAGGGCCGAAUUUACGAAGGGUGUUUAAGAGUUAAACGCGUGUAAAUUCUACAUAAUCAGUUUCAGGGCCUAAUGCGGUUUUCAUGAAGAAACCCUGCAAGGCCCUGACUCUGUCUAUUCAGACAUUAAACGCUGUUUUAAGCUAAACACCCUUUGUAAAUUCGGCCCCAAUUGUGUAAUUUACCAUAUCCAAAUAUGAAUCAGAUUUUUCGUGUAUUCAAAAGUAAACAAAAUUGGUGUGUGUGCCAGUUCUUGAUUGGUAGGUGUUGUGGCAGUCCUUAUAACCACCAGGUCUCAGGACAAUCGCGCCUUGCUUUUAGUUUGGCUGUAGUACCAUUGCCUUGCGAUUAACCGCCUUUUAAAUAAAGGCUUAGCACAUUAGUCUAACUGAACUCAAUUGGUUCUGUGGAAAAUAAUAUCUUGUUGGUCAAACGAAAACAGCUUUUACUCUGGCUGUAGUACCAUUGCCUUGCGGUUAACAACCUUUUAGAAUGAAGGCCUUUCCAAUGACCAUUUCGAUGUGCUGAACCUUUUGUGCUGAAGGGUGAGUUUGAUUGCGAGGUUCAUUUGGAUGUAAAUUUCAUGUCACCGUGUUGUAUACGUGACCCGUCACAGCAAAACCAGGCGCAUGUUGCACAGAAGAUGAGCCCAAAUGACACCAGGAGAUAAUGGAAGAAAUCGAUGUGCUCAUAUUUCACAAAAGGCAGACAAUAGAGAAUUGAUCAAACAGUCCGUCUCAACCUGCCAAGCUCGGAGCGACAUGCGCCUGGUUUUGCUGUGACGAGUCACAUAUUUGUUGUUAAAAGUAUGUAUGUAAAUGAUCUCAACCUCAGUAUCAAACAAACAUAUACAUGACUGUUAAUGUACAUGUAGUAAAUGACAGCCAUGUAAAGUGAAACCUGUCACUAUUAUCAUUUUUGGGUCUAAUAUUGUAGUUUCACCGCUCUCGGACCUGUUCUGAAUAUGAACUCAAAGCUAGAUAUGGUCUUUCAGUACCAUUCAAUAUGUGACCCGCCAUGGCAAAAUGAGUCGCAUGUCGCUCCGAGAUUGACAGGUUGAGACGGACUGGUUGUUCAUUUCACUAUUGUCUGCCUUUUGUGAAGUCAAUAUAUAUCAAUAUAUUCUAUUAUGUCCAGGUGUCAUUUUAGGCUCAUCUUCUGUGCGACAUGCGACUCAUUUUGCCGUGGUGGGUCACAUAAGUUGUCCAUUGGCCAUGACGUCAUGUUCCAGCUUUCCUAGGCCCUCUCUUUCGAUUUUGAAGUUUUUAAUCAACCGGUCUUACAUCAGUGAAACAAGAGUAUUUGCUAGCUUUUGGUACAUUGGUGCAAUUAUCGCCAAGCAAGUGUUCAUUUCAAGUUUUUCAAGACUUGAUUUUGUGAUUGAUUGGGUAUUGAAUGCUCCUUGAGCGGGGAAUCCAUCAUGGCGAUGUUCUCACGAUGGGCUUGUGAUAGGGCGUUAUCAGUCCAAUAUCUGGCUACCACCUGUCUGAUGGGUGUGAUACUUGCGAUUGAAUAGCGAAACUGUUAUCUGAAAUAUAUCCUGUAGCUUCAAGAAGUAACUAUCACUACUUCAUCUCAUACCUACUGCAAGCCCAGGGGAAUUUUUCUAUAUUAGAAUAUACACCAAAACAGAUAAAUGUGAUUGGCCCACCAGGUUGCACCCCCUGAAAUUGUAAGACCUUUGCUAGUCCAAUCAUAUGUAAAAAUCAAAAUGCUGGAUCCCUGCACUACUCUGUGGAGCCAGGAAAUGUGUUGACAGGUUCACUCUACAUUUUUAUGGUUCCAUUCUCGAUGUUUAUCUUUAUUAUGGUUGUGUGUGAUCAAAUAAAGUAUUCCAGAACUCGA